CUAUAUUUUUUUUCUCACAAUAUCUCAGGAGACAAGAAAUUCCACCUAUAUAAUAUGGAAUUCUUGUAACUCACCGAUGAAAUAAAAAGUGGCUACAUUUUUUUUUCUUUUUUGGAUUGAUAAAGAAAACAGUAGUAACGAAGAUAAAAAGGGAAAUCUGAAUCAGAAGGAGGGUUGGAGUUGAGAUUGGUGGAGAUAUGGCGCCAGUGUCAGCUCUUGCAAAGUACAAGCUGGUUUUCUUGGGUGAUCAGUCUGUUGGCAAAACCAGCAUCAUCACUCGCUUCAUGUACGAUAAAUUCGACAACACUUAUCAGGCUACAAUUGGUAUUGAUUUUCUAUCAAAAACUAUGUAUCUUGAAGAUCGAACUGUUCGGCUGCAAUUGUGGGAUACAGCUGGACAGGAAAGAUUUAGAAGUCUUAUUCCGAGCUACAUAAGGGACUCAUCUGUUGCUGUCAUUGUUUACGAUGUUGCAAGCCGUCAGACUUUCCUAAAUACAUCAAAGUGGAUUGAAGAGGUGCGCAGUGAGAGAGGCAGUGAUGUUAUUAUUGUUCUUGUUGGGAACAAAACUGACCUUGUGGAUAAGAGGCAAGUCUCGACAGAGGAAGGGGAAGCUAAGUCUCGCGAGCUAAAUGUCAUGUUUAUUGAAGCUAGUGCCAAAGCUGGCUUUAAUAUUAAGGCCCUCUUUCGGAAAAUUGCCGCUGCAUUACCUGGAAUGGAAACACUAUCUUCUUCAAAACAAGAAGAUAUGGUUGAUGUGAACCUUAAAUCUGGUGGUGGAGCUGAUUCUCAAACCCAGGAGGGUGGAUGUGCUUGCUGAAUGUGCCUGGCCUUGAAGUUUUGUAUCUUUCUGCUUCAUGCUAUUUGUUUUGUGAUGUACUUCCCUCAGAUCUGUAAAGUUUCUUUAGUUUUUUAGAAUUUGAAUAGCAGCAUUAUAUGAGAAAAAAUUAGUCAAAGCCAGUGGCGGAGCUAGUACUAAUGCGGUUGGUUGUUUAAUUAAUUAGUAUUCAUUAUUAUAUUAUUCAUUUUGUUUGAAAACUGAAACAUAAACAUUGAGAAACUCAUAUUCUUGAUCAUAGUUUGUUGAAAGCA